AUGUCGCGGACAGAAAAGCUUCUAGACACCGUGUUGGAACUGUGUCAGAAAAUAAAUACUCUUGAGUUUGCUCCUCCGGGGAUCUUCACGAAUGCAAUAAUCACAAAACCAGAAGUAACGAGUUUAAUACGCGAUGCUUUAGUGCCCGAGCCAAGUCUAUAUCGCAUCACAAAGAAGGCGGCCGAAGGCUCUCAGAGCUACGGCGAGAAUGGAUUCUUUGAACCCAAACCCACGCGAAUAGACGGCAGCUCGAUCUAUGUGGCGCCAGACUUCCAAGAUUGGAACGACGCGGCAGUGAAAGUGCCCAAGUUGGUUUCGGAACCCCUGCUGGAUAUUGAAAGCACUACUUUGGAGUCACUGUCACCUUCAAAGAAACGUAACGCAAACAUUCUUCGCCUAAUCCCGCAGGCGGUUGCUGAAAGUGAAGAUUUUAAUAGCAUCUGUAAUACUGUCCGUCAAGUGGCGGACCAGUACGCGGACACAGAGGGCGCAAACGGUAUUAGGGGUAAAGUUGAUUCCUUACAGGCAGAGUACAAUGAUUUGCUUCACGAAACAGACGAGUUGGAGAAUGUGGUUGCAGAACAGCGAAAGCAGUUGGAAAUAUACAAUGACAGCUUAAACGAACUUCUGCCGCGGCGUGGGAAUAUUUCGCCCCAACGUUCUAAUGGCAUUGACGAGAUGAUAGAGCGAGAGGAACAGGAAAUUCGAAUUCUAGAAGAGGAGUUGAACAAGAGACAAGUAUAA